AUUUUAAAAGCGGUAAAUAAUUUAAAUUAAAAAUGUCUGUGACAAUGAAGACUGAUACUUCAUCAGACCCAUCCUCUGGGAAUCUACUCAAUUUCACGCUGAGAAGAUCAUCUAAAAGAUCAGCGAAGCUUGAUGAGUAUCCAAAAUCUGCUGAGGAAAUUGUUAGAACUGGGUUUCAAAAAGCCGACAUAAUUGUCAUAAGAGAGCCUGGUAGUGAGUGCCACUCCGAUACUGAGCUCAAAGAAGUAUAUUCCAGUAUGCUAUCGAACCAAUAUUAUCACGAAAGCAUGACUAAAGAAGGCUAUCAAAAAUACAGAAGAGUUUUAGUAGACUGGAUGUGUGAAAUAGGCGAUACCAUCAAGCAAUCUUACACUACAAUCCAUCAUGCUGUAUGAGUAAUGGAUAAUUACUUCAGUAAGCAUGAAGAGGUCAAGUCGAAUGAUAAAGGCAAAAGGCUACUGAAGCUAGUUGCACUCACAAGUAUCUUCAUCAGUGCUAAAUAUUGAGAAAAAGAUUCCAAAGGCCCCACAGCUAGGAAUAUAUCCAUGCUUACGAGAGGAGAGUACUCUGAACCUGAGAUCCUUUACUUUGAAGGACUAAUAUUGAGAAAGAUUAGCUGGAAUUUAAUGUUCACAACUCCUGCAGAUUUUGUUAGUUUGUUCCUCAACCAAGGGAUUGUGUAUUCAGAUGAUCUAGUUUUUGCAGACAAAUUUGGAUCCCAGCCUAAACCUCCGACUUUAAAGAACAUUAGAUAUGUCAGAAAAUAUUGUGAGUUCUUUGUGGAUCUCUGUCUUCAAGAGCAAGCUUUCCAUGAAUACUCGUCCAUUAUCUUAGCAAUCUCAAUUAUUCUGGCUGCAAGAAAGUCCGUAAAUAUCUCUCCAAUCUGGAAUGAUGAAUUCUCAAAACUGUUUAUGAUGAACUUCAAGCAUGUUGAGAAAUGCUACAUUGAAAUAUACAGUUUUUACGAAGCUUCCUUCCCAAAUCAGACUCAUACCAUAAUCAAGCCUGCCAAGGUAAUUCCAUCCGUGCAUAAAACAAAGCCUAAGAAGGAAAAUCGAAGUGUGCGCACGAGAUAUACCUCCAGUGAGACCUCCAAUCGUAACAGGAGUUCGACAAAGAGCUCUAUCAGAAGUAAGAAAGACAUUCAUAGUUGGAAUAUCCGUGAUAAGAAUAAGGAAAAGCGUAGCAACAACAACUCAGUAAUUAGCCAUAAAGCUGAGACCAAUAGAGAAGACAACAAAAUCUCCCUCAGAAGAGCCACUCAGAUUGGGAUGAGUGGAUCAAGCAACAAGAAGAAGUUAAAAAUAAGGUACAAAAACAAAGAUAUUGCUGAUAAGAUGACUCUGAAGCUAGAUUUUAACUCAAAGUCUAUCACUACUUUUAAAAGAAAGAAUAAGCUCUCGAACAAAAUUCCAAAAGCUCCUCAAACUAAGAGAAAUAGUGAGUCAAGUGGGACUUUUUACAAAGCCAAUUAUGAGAAGAGACAGAAACUUUCAUCGAGAAACAACCUUGCUGCAUACUCUGGAAUAUACAGCACCCUGGAUACUGCCAAGCACCAUAUUUCUCAACACGAAGCGAGGAGAGAAAACCUCCUUUCUAAAGGGAAAGAUUCUAGCUCUUGCCAAAAGAUCUCUAAUCAAUUUGGAAUCGGCUUUAAAGGGAAAGAGACAACAUCAGCCCUGAGAAAGAUUGGGCAUAACUGGGGGAUUAAUAAUAUCCCCAGCUGGAAGCUCGACAAGAACAAGAACUAUAGCUCAAUGACUUCUCUAAUGAAUAAGCCAGCUGGAGUUCGUAAAUUCAGCUUCCAAAAUAAUAAGAAUGCCUUUGCUCUUAACGAUAGUGCAAGUUUUGCUAUCAAAAACGAUGCUCCAGAGACUGAUAAAGCCCAACUUGCGAAAAGAUCAAAGCUACAUAAGAACAUUUUCCAGCAGAUGGGGCUUCUCUCAAGAAGAAAUUCCUCCACAGUGAGACCUAAGAACCCUAGUCUUGGCAGAAAAUAUGUCUAAAAGUACUAGGUAAGCAUCAAUUUUCAUAAUUUCAAUUUA